UGUCCGCUCACGCUAUAGUCACAUGACACUUAAAGUUCUUUACUUCCUUGUAAUUGCUUUCACUUUGGUAGCGAUAUGGCUAUUCCGUAAAAUUUUGCUCUUUUGUGAUUAAUCUAGCACACAGCUUUUGACAAAGUUGGAUGCUUGUUAUGGUAAGUUGUAGAUUCUAUACUUUGUGCGGCUUCGUUCUAAUUGCAAGAUACAAAAAACUCGAAAAGAGAGCACUCGUUUGCCAGAUCUUGAGUGAGACAGGAACUAGCAGGCUCCUUGAACAAAUUUCUUCUUUUCAAAGCGGGUUAUCCUAAUAGUGAACCUCCUUUUGAUAGUCUUUAGGCCAAAACAGAGAUUUUCCAACUCAGUUCUGGUGUCUAUCAGUGUUACUCAGUGGAGUAACAUCAGUCGAAUGACAUCUAGAAAAUAUUGCAAAAUGAAGUCCAUAGCAUUCAUGCUCAACUUAUUUCAAACUGAUAAUUUUACUGGUACUUCUUACUUACACGCGGAAGCUAGAAUCUUCUUUUAUGAAAUGAAAAUUUAACCUCGGGUUCAAAAAUUACAAGUUGGCGGUGGUCGAUCUCUUGCUAACUGGGUAACUGUCGUUGUAGUUGCGUUCAAUUAUUUUGGGGUACAGUGUGUUUUAUUUGUGUUGUAUUUCCUUUAAUAAUUCUAUUUAUUUCCUCUGUAAUUUGUUGCAGAACUCCAGAAAUCAAAAUGUCAAGUGAUUGCCACCGUGGCAUUUAAACCAUGGCAAGUGCAGCCGGGUAAGUGUUUGACAAUCAGUUUAAAAGUCUUUGAGGGUUUGCUUGACUUGUGCUUGCAACAAUAAUUGUCACAAACCAAGCUUGCGCUCGAAAAGUUUAAGAUUAGAAGAUGUACCUUAUGGUCGUUUCUUAGUAAUUUUCUGGCUCAUCCUUUGAACUAUGACUCAAACAUUUUCAAAAAGCUUCCAUGCUUCUCUUUGCCUCCUCUAUUUAUUGUUUUGGGUUUUACUUUGAAUUACAUACUUCAGCUCAAGAAAAAAUACCAAGGCCUUUAAACUGACUUGUAAAUUAUAUCCAAGAUAUAUAAAUAAAUAAAUAAAUAAAUUUGAUAAACAAAUAAAUAGAUAAACGAAUAUAGAUAAAUAAAUAUAUAUAUAUAUAAUAUUUAUAAUAAAUGUGGGGGUAGAGUCUACCUUGACAUAAAGUGCUCAAUGCUGUGGUAACAGAUCUGAGUAUAUAUAAGUGAAAGAAUCAAAGAGGACACAUUGAUUCUCUGUUACUCUGAGUUUCGUGCCUAUUAGCGCUCGUCAGACAGAACUUUAUUCAAUGGAGAGCAAACCUCCUAAUUAUAUACAAAUUAGAUAAGUAGCUAAUUAAUUCACUAGCAUAAUGAUCUGAUCUACAUGUGAAAUAAAGAUUCUAUAGAGCUAUUGUUGGCAGCUUGUGAAAUUUACUAAGUAAAACUUAUUCUCGUGGAGGCAUUUAGAAAUAAGUUCUGGUCUUUUGUUUAAUAGAGAUGGCUUCUUAGCUCUAACUAAAUAAAGUUUUUCUGUGAGGCACAUGUGGCACCGCUUGCUUUUGUUGCUGUAGGCUGGAGUGGUCACUAAAAUACUCCAGUUUAUUGUAAAAUUGGUGUUGCUGUCUUUGAAUGUCCAGAUAUGCUUUGAUAGUUCCGUGCUGUUUGAAUAGUUUCUGUUGCAAAAAGAAAGUUUGUGUUGCAUGUAAUGUUGUUUAAAAGUUCCUUCAGUUAGUCCAAUGUAAUUCUUUCUGUUUGUGUCAUUUUCUGUUGUUACAUUGGCGUUGUAGACGACGCUUGAAGUGAGGCAGUUGUUUUCAGAGGGCAGUUAUUUUUUUUCCUGCAGUUACAUUUGUUUUCAGUGGAGGGUGUCUUGCUUGUCUCAAGGAUUUUUCUGUUGUGCUUCUUAAUUAUGGUUUGUGGGUUGUCUGUGCAGCUAUAACUAACUUUCAUGUUGUUUUUGUUGAAAAUUUUGCUGCACCAGUGAUUUUUUGUGAAAUGUUUACUGAAGAGGUUCAGAAACUCUCUGCCGAUGUUUGUUUGUACAUUCAUGCUGUAGGGUGGAUUAAAUCAAAUGUUUCUUUGUCUGUUCUUGCGGCUGUUCUGUGUGGUGUGAGUUACAGGUUUCUUGUGUUCAGUGUGGAUUAAUUCUUCGUCGUGUCCACUUUGUUUAAGAGCACUUUCAUAGUGUGGUUUGGCUUUGUUAAAGAGUUCUUUGCUUGAGAUGUCUGAGAUUCGUCGGCCGAUGGCUGCUGGUAGGUGUUUUAUUAUUGUAGGCGGAUAGUUGGAAUUGGUGUCGAUGUAGAGAGUUUUGUUGUUGGGCUUUCUACUUAGCAAAUUUCACAAGCCGCCACUGCACUUUGUGGAUCUUUUUGGCUUUUGUACUAAAAAAAAAAAAAAAAAAAAAAAAGAAAACAAAGCAAAGGAAAAGAACAGUCAUUUGGAGCAAAGAUAAUUAGAAAAAGGCUCUCAGGCAGCCAAUCACUUCUAAUAAUCUGGAUGAACAUAAACCUAACCCUUCCAACCUCCAAAAAAAGAUAGUUUCUGCAAAUAAACAUGCAUGCUCUUAAUCCUUUGAGUCCUUUGAAUGACCAGGACAGAAUUUCUCCUUACUUUAUCUAUACAAUAUCAAGCAGACAAGUGAUGAGAAAAAAGGAAAGUAUCCGUUAUGGUAUUUCUAAUUGAUGCGACACCAAAUUCUCCAAACUAAUAUAUUGAGAAUCAUUUGGAAGACAGUAAAGAGAAUUAAUAAUGAGAUCUUGGGAGUUAAAGGGUUGAGGAGAGACAAGCUAAAUGAUGGCUAAGGUUUUUGAACAGGCUUUGAUUUAUGUAAAAUGCAUUUUGGUGGGUUCCUCAACCUCCCAGUGCUUGAGCCAAGAUCCCUGAUUUUAUAUUAUAUUUUAAAAUGUUGUAAUCUUCCUGCGUUUUUACUUUCAAAUCUGUUUGUUGUUACUGAAGGCCAAGCCACUUUUGUUUGACUGAUGAUCAGAAACGAUGGCUUGUGGCAGGAAUUGCACUCAACAAGAUCCUUGUGCCAAAAAUACGUUCAUUUGUGGAGCAGGAGGUUGGAAAAGAGUACAACAACCUUAAGAGCAGUCACACCAUUCAUAUACAGACCAAACCUCAUUAUCUCAAAGCAUGGCCAACUUCUAAAGAUUUCCUUAAGUAUGAAAACAUUAACUGCAAUGAUGGCCUCCCUAAGGUGAAGAAACAUGGGAAAUAUGUGUAUGACUACAACUCCUUCAACUACCAAGUCACAUCUCACGUUGACUUUGCAAGGCUGUUUGUGCAAAAUUACAUGGCUAAGUUUACUGCAUUUGAUGACCACUGUGAUACUUCUGCUGUGUUACAGCUGCUUCUUCGCAUUCCAGCAUUUUCUUCAGCUGUGCAAACUGCAGCAGAUAAUGUCAGAAAGACAAGGAAUGAUUGGGCCCAUUGUGGUUUCAACAAGUGGGAUCAGCCCAAUUUUUCUAGGAGCUUUUCUGACAUGGAACAACUGGUAAAGAGCUUGGCACUUCCAGUGGCUGGGAAAAUACUUGGAGAACUUAAAGACUGGGAAACUAAAGGUAAUUACUUUUCAAUUUACUGGAACCAUCUUUUUGCUAUAUGUUACCAGUAGUACCCUGGGUAUUAAAAUCACCCAGGUUUGCUCAAGAACAAGGAAAAAUUGAUGGAAGGUGGAAUAAAGUGUUAUACAUGUGAAAUUAUCUUCUUAUUUCAAAACUAAUAUUCUUGUUAAUUUUUUCUAUCCUGUUAUCUAUGAAUUUGGUCUGUUUUAGUGGGCUGCAGGAACACACCCAUCAAAAUAAUCAUACAGUGUCAUGAGAGGGGUGGCCAAGUGGUUUCGUGACUCCUAGAGGUUUCAUACCUAAGUCAUUUUGUACCCAGUCAGUUUAUUCAUUUCUUACCCAGCUUGGUCGUUUCAUAAACCAAGUAAAGAAAGUAUGUUUUCUUUGUUAACAAUUGGAGAAAAUAUAUCAUACUUACACAAGCUGUUAUUGUUAAAAAAUUCAUAGGUUAAAACAAUAGACUAUUUGCAUCUGCCUUGCGAAAGGCAAUAAUUAAGUUGUGUUUACUAAGAAGGUCACAAGUAUACACAACAGGAUUUUGUUUGUAUCUUAAUCACUUGGCUCUUCUAACUUGUCAUAUGCAAUGAUUGACAUUUAUCACGGGCUUGUGCGUGAGGUAUUUUGAGUGAUUAUGAUAUGAAUCGAUCAGGGGUUUGGGUAUGAACUGACUUAAACUUGGGUACAAACUGACUCAAACUUGGGUACAAACUGAUUCAAACUUGGGUAUGAACUGACUCAAAUUUGGCCACAAACCAACUAAAAUCUGAGUACGAAAUGACUGGGUAUGAAAUGACCAUAUACUGGCCAUUAGUCUUGUUAAUCAUGUGCUGAACGUGAAUAUUGGACUAUGAUGUCAAAAUAGUGGGUGCCUGGAAAGUGCAUGCAACAAGGAAAAUAAUCAAAUCAUACUUAAAAAAGCAGAAAACAUCCUUGAAAUUAAGUGCCAGGCCUCCCCAAACCAUAAUAUAAAAAAAUAUCCCCCCUCAAAUAAGUAUCAUUCCGCCACCCCUUUUUCCCGUACUUUCUCACAUAUUAGAGACACAAGGAAAACUUUGUGCUAAUUGCCAAUGAUUUAUACCUUUUUGAGCUUCAACUACAGAGGAAUUAAUGCAGGAGAAUAGUUGGUUGACUGGCACUACCAAUUAUUUUUAUCUCCACAUGCUGGCUGCUCUUUUAAAUUUUUUCCUGUUUCUACACACUUGGUAAAUGCUGUACCCUUUCCAGGAACAAUUAGGUCAUUCUUUAAGGAUCAGUAAUUCCUAUGAUAAUUAUUGAAGUUAUCAGGAAGCGUUUGAAGGAAGCAGUUAAUAAUCAUGAUAAGCACCCCCCUUGAUUAAGUGCCCUCCUUCCGAUAAGCGCCUUUCCUUUUAGCCAAAAUUCAUAUUAUUUACAUACAAUUACUAAAAAUAUUUACGGCUCUCUCUCCGCCCCCCCGUCUUCCUCCUUCUAAGAUCUAUAAAGACCAGACCUCAGCUUCCACUGAAGUGUGGGUUGGCCCCAUAAUGAUGGACAAGGAUGUAAUUGAGGAAUUACAAUUAAUUAUUUUGCAAAAAUGGAGAUAGAUUUGUUGGAGCAUGUCUUUGCGUUAUUUUGGUCAACUGAAAUGCAGUUCAUUUUGUACCCAAUUGUGCCUUCCUAUGUCCUAUCAGAUUUGUUUGAAUGCAUUUGAGUUCUCAUUUAUUAUUUUUUCAAUGCAGAUAAAUUAUUUCUCUAAGUGGUAUGUCCACCAGCUACUCUAAGAAAAAAAUUGACUUUUGUGCAAGAUCUCCAAUCAACAGAUCACGAUUGAUAGCUAAAGCGUUCUUGAUUCAAACAAACGAGACGAAAAUCACUCUCAGCGGUUUAUCUUCGUCAGCGUUCUGAAAUAACUCUUACACAGUCUACAGAAAACAUCAGAGUUGGAUGCUGCAUCGUUAGGUAGAUACUCAGACUUCAGGUUCUCCAUGGAGCGACAAAACGAAACAAAAAAGCAGCUUAAGGUGCUUGACAAGCACUUGUAAUGACUAGUUUUCAUUGAAGGUUUGAUCGUUGAGUGGUUGACUACAUGUAGAAACGUCGUAAUCACUUUUCACUUGUAUUACCAGGAACAGCUCUUUGCCAGAAUUCUCCUGUAGAUCCAGUACUGUUACAACUGGUCCAGCAGGAGCUUAACUUUCUUCAAGUUUCUGUGGACAACAUGUGUGUGGAAAAUGAAGAAGACAGGACUAAGGUCGCGAACGCGUUACGAACUGUUGGAGAAAGUCUGGAGGAGAUGAAAAAAAGAGUGGAGAACUUGGAGUUCCGGGUAGAAGUUGUUGAGCGUAGACAGGAUGAUUUCGAAGGUGCGUUAGUUUGUUCUUUUGUCAUUGCGUUGAAAUUUUGUGGGUGAUCACUUUGUUCAUAGUAAAGUGUUUCGAAGAAAAAUGAAAUUUUGUGGUGUUAUUUUAUGAUACAGAUCGUUGAGACGGUGUUUUUUGUUUUCCUUUGGAGAUUGCAUCUUGCUUUAUUUUAUAGGACCCGUGCGCAAGAAAAUUAAGAGGCUUGAGAGCAACCAGCAGAACACGAAGAGUCGCGUGGAACUUGUUGAAGAUGGCAUGAAUGUUGUUGAGGAAAAAGUGAAUGUUGUGGAAGGCACAAUGGAUGUUGUUAAAAACACUGUGCUUAACCUACAAGGUACUCAUACACGUAGGACCACGAAGGAGGAAAAUAAUCAAAUGACCCUUACAUUACGUAAAAGGGCUUUUUACGGUCAAAAGACGGAUCCAGUGUAGUGAUAUAUCUUUGCCCGUUUGCAAACGGCUUCUUUGUGAAGAACUCCCUUGUAGUACAAGUAGUACAAAGUUUACAAAGGCUGGUUUCUCCAAAAACCAAGUUUUAAACUUGGACUGCAACUCAUUUUGCAUCCUCAGGGAGAAAAUCUCAAGUCAAUUGCACCCUGUUUGCUUCUCGCGCUUUUGCACUUCAGACAUCGCGAUUUGUUCGAAUUGUUGCCUUCUUGCAAUGUUUUAAACCCGGAGAAAAUAUUUGUAGUGCUUUUGAAGUCUUUAGAGCUCUUUCUUUCGUCGCUAGCGAAAAGUUGAAUUGUUAUUCGUGAUUCGCCGCGGUUAUUCUGUGGUUAGUUGCCUCAUUUCUGGUCGCGAGAAAGAUUGACACUAAAACUCUGACUGGCCUCUGCAGUGAGAGGAGCUGUCCUCACUGAUUGCCAUAUCCAGAGUUAGACUGUAGGAACAAUCCCUUCUAGACCACAAUAAAUGUGUAGAGCUUGAGCAGUUGUGUAUCGAGUUAAUAACUGGUGGGCAUCCUGUUUAAACAAAUUUCCCUUUGCUGUCCGCUCAUCCUUCGAUUAGAUGAUUAUUUCAAUAGGGUAUCUAUUGCCAGGCAGAUUCAAAAGUUUGAUUUUACAGGAGACACUAUCUAGCUCGCGUCUGGUUGAUUCGUCUUCACCGCCAUAACUUUAAUUUGUGUGGUGACGUUUACCAGAGUUUCCGACAAGCUAAGAAAUCCCGUAUCCAGCGCCUUUAUUCUGGCGAAUACCGCUUUCCGGGAAUAGUCAAAUCCCGUAAAGAUAUUCUGUUUUCUUAAGUCCUUUACCUUAUUUUGGUUGAAUCAUGGAUCGCGAGAAUACCCUUCCAGAUCCAGAAAGCAGUGUCUCACAGAAACUGUUUAUAUUUUGUUUACCUUUCAAUGGGUGUUCCGCAAGAGUUGUCUUGAUCGGAAAAGAAGAACUGUUAAAAAAAGGUCUAGUGAUGGGUUCUUUGAGCGCCACUGUUUUUCACUAACUGUAACUCCGUCACGCGACUACUUUUGUCCAUGCGGACAAGAAUAGUGAAGCAUCUUGUGUAAACUGAAAGCAUACAUUUGCUGGUCUUUGUCAGUGACGUGAGUUUCUGCAAUAGGGUGGCUCCGUUAUCGCGCGCUGAAGCUCUGAAAACUUUGAGAGGAAAUUACUGACGCACAGUUUGAUAGAGUUAACCAAUAAGUUAAUGGCGCUGGUUAAGCUUUAGAUGUUUACAUUUUUUUUCUUAAAGUAGCUUUUAUUCAGAAUAGUAUUUACAAAUUUGCGUAAUUAUACCGUGUACACUGUUCAGAACAGCACUUCGUUACAAAACAAACAAGCCAUAACUUUUGGUAUACUCCGUAUGGCAACAUAACUAAAAUGAGACUGAGUGGAAGACAAUACUUCUGAAAAAAUAUAAGUUUGUUGUUGCUUUCCUUCCCACAGAACAAGUACAAGACCUGGUAAAGUCUAAAGGUUCUGAAGUCGCGAUGGCAUGCGCUGAAAGUCCCAAACCAGCCGGUAAGUUGCAUCAAAACGGAUAACUUUCCGUGGAGUAACAUUCAACUUUACUCCUGUUUUCAUGAGCCCCCUGCCGUAUACUUCGCUCAGUUUUUUUAAUUGAAAUUGGGCUUUCGUCUGACUCAGCGUAAAUUGUUAAUUAAAUUUCUUCCACUGAACUUUAGUAAACCAAAGAUAAUGCUUACUGGUACGAAUCAAGAGUUGAAGGAUGCAGAUUUCUUUUUUUGCGCAAUUUUUUAAUACCUUGGUGUUCAAUUCAACUCCGCACUCUCAUAGUAGGAGCAAACAAGCUUCCUUAGCAAUCCUGCUUAGGCAUAACGUUUAGAAACGUGAGAUCUUGCCUCUCUCUGUUUUUAUCAGGCUUUGUAAUGGUACGAUGCUGUGUGGAUGUUAUUUGGCGAAUUCGUCACCACUCUUGAUCACAAUGGCAUAAAUGGCCAGACACCAGACUAUUUGUGUAGACUUACCUCUGUUUAAACUUUCCUCUGAUAGGCACAAUUUAUUUUUAUAUUUUACUGUAAAUCAAAGGUGUCCCCCAGUUAUUUAUGUCUAUCUCUUAAAAUUGAAUUACUGUUGUAGUACCGUAUCUCAUUUCGACUAACUUAGGCUAAACAGGAUCAGAACAGGAUAUAUAAUGUUUAAAUAUUUCUUUUUCGAUGCAAUGAAGGCAUGAAACGAUUGCACAUACAGCCUAUUACCGAUAAAUUUUCCAACAAACCAAUUUCCUUUGCAAUUUGUUCACGUCUGUCACAUGCCUAAACUCAUUAAAGAGUGCCUUGAUCAUUACUUGGCUUCGUGGUGUAACAGAUAAGAACGUGUCUUAUAGGGAAGGGGUAAAGUGGGGGCUUACAGUGUUGGGUUUCAUGAUUAGUUUAUUUGCUGUUUAGCUCAUGAUGUUAAUUAACUUCCUAGAUUACCCACACAAUUUUGUAGAGCUGAUCAAAAGAGAUUACAAAGACGCCGUACUGUGUCCGUUCCCCUGGUGCGAGGAAGAGUUGCAAAUGGAACUUUCUGAGAUCUUUACUAGACUGAAGAUAGUUGGUAGGAAGAAAGAAAGAGCGAGGUUAACAAAGGACAUUGUGAAAAUGACGGAUGUGUUCACUCCACACAAACAAUGUGAAAAGCCAAGAGUGGUGCUGAUCGAGGGGCUACCUGGAAUGGGCAAAACCACUUACUGUCAGAAGCUUGGGUAUGAUUGGUCAGUGAAGGACAUUUCACUCGAAGCUUGUUUUCCUAAAGUGGACAUGCUUCUUCGACUGACUUGUCGGGACAUGAAAACCACCAACAUCGAGGAUGCUAUUAAUGAUCAGUUACUACCACUUGAUACAGAUGAGAAGGAGAGAGAGAACGUCUUUCAUUUCAUUCGCUGCAAUCAAUCCAGAAUCUUGCUAGUUCUUGACGGACUGGAUGAAUUGCCUCAAGAUCUUUUUGAGGGACUGUUGCCUUUAAUCAGAGGAAGAGUCUUUUCUAACACAUACCUCCUUUUAACAGCUCGGCACGAAGCUGGAAUGAAAGUGCGGAAGUACUGUGACACGCUUCUUGAGAUUGUUGGUUACACUAGCGGAGAUGCCGAUAGUUACAUCAAGAAGUAUUUUAGCAAUCACGACGAUCCAAGCCUUGCUAAGAAACUGAUAAGAGGUCUAGAUAGGAACCAAAAGCUGAGGGAAUUAUCUGCCAAUCCUCUUAAUACAGCACUCUUGUGUCUUGUUUGUGAAGAUUCGCGCGGAAUAUUCCCUCAUAACAGAACCCUGCUGUACCAUGAACUUGUCUCGUGUGUUCUUAGAAGGUAUUUUUCAAGGAAGAAAAUCGUUCUAGGUAACAAAAGUCCGAUCGAGGAAUGUUCAGAUCAGCUGAAUCAGUUGGGAAAAUUCGCCCUUACUGCUCUGCUAAAAGAUCAAUUAGCCUUCACUCCAGAGGAGUUGAAAAGUCAGUCAACGGAAUUCCUCGGAUUCGGUUUUCUCUCUCGUGAAGCGAGUGCAAGUAAAAUGAAGCCCAAGGCAACGUAUGCGUUUACCCACAAGACCUUUCAGGAAUAUUUUGCUGCAUUCCACCUGGCUCAUGGAUUGGCAAUUGGUGAAAGUGACGAGGUCGCGUUGCUUGCUCAGCUCAGUCCUGUUGAUAAAUACUGGCAGGUGUGGGAGUUUCUCAUCACAAUGGCAGCAACUAAAGAUGAUAAUUCAAGUGUUUUGGUAGUGUCGAAUCUCUGUGCUUCCUAUCAGCAAAAAAAACCUAAGCGAUUCUUCCUCGAUAUGUAUGUACAGCAGGAAGAAUAUGGCGAUGACGAUUCCUCAGAAGAAGAGGAGAUGUUCGGAAUGGAGGAUUGGUUUUACAACUAUGAACAGGACUACAGAUCUGAAAGUGAACAAGAUGACGACGAUGUUGAUAGCUGCAGUCUGGUUAACAGCGAUGUUGACAGUAACGAUGAAAGAGAUAACUUUUCUGACGAUAUCUUGGCUAACGUUUGUAUAGAUGCUUCACAUGAGUGGGUUGAAAGUUUCCAAGGAAGAUGGAUGCUCGGAUAUGAUUCUGAGUUAGACUUCUUUGAAGCUAUAAUUUAUACCAUUGCUCAGUGUGAAAAGCCUAAAAGUGAACUCAGUCCGAACCAGAUCAAAAUGGCAGCUACGCUAGCACGCUGCCUUCCUUUGGAGAAAAUGACAGUUCGUCCCUAUGACGAUUGUUUGCUCACGCGCAACGAACAAUGUAUUCUCGUUUUGUCUGAAUACCUGAAAGGCAACAGGCAGCUGAAAGACUUUGCUUGGUACGGGAGAUCUUGGUGUGAGUUAAGUUCAGCAGCAAUUGGAUAUGUGCUCCAACCAAGUCAUGAGCUCAAGCGCUUAUAUGUUUUGAACGAUUUAAGUAACUCUGUACUCACAUCGGCUCUUCAGGCAAAUCGAACGGUAACUCAUCUAAGGCUGAAUAUUACUGCAACCUGCCUAACAGGAGCUAAGGCAUUUUGCGGAGUUCUUCAAACAAAUCAAUCUUUGACGCAUUUGUGUUUGGCUCACAAUGAUCUAACUAAUAUUGAAGCAGAAGCGUUAGCACAAGGUCUCCUGUCAAAUAGUGUGCUAGUGUAUUUAAAUUUACGUGCGAACAAAAUUGGGAGAUCAAGGAAUUGUUGCACUUUCUAA